AUGGUGAAUAUCGAGAGACUUUGGAGAGACUACGUGAACUUUGAGCAAAGCAUCAACUCAGCUACAGCGGAGAAAAUGGUUGGUGAUCGAGGCCGUGAAUAUAUGAAUGCACGUCGUGUCGCAAAGGAAUUUGAAGCAAUUACUCGCGGAUUAAAUAGAAACAGACCUAGCAUACCUCCAUCAGGAAAUCUGGAUGAACAGAAACAAAUAGAACUAUGGAAAAAGUAUAUAGCUUGGGAGAAAUCAAAUCCUCUACGAACUGAAUUCAUUUCUCUUGUGACUCGAAGAGUUGUGUUUGCUUUUGAACAGUGCUUGUUAUGCUUGGGACACCAUCCAGAAAUAUGGUAUGAUGCUGCGCGUUUUUUGGAGAAAAGUUCUAAAAUACUAACUGAAAAAGGAGUGUUCUCUGCAGGAAAAACUUUCAGCGAUGAAGCUUCAGCAUUUUAUGAAAGGGCCACUUCCACCUGGGUAAAGAAAAAUAUGCUUUUGGUUUUUGCGUACGCAGACUUCGAAGAAGAGAGAUUGAAGCACGAAAAAGUUCACCAAAUUUAUAAACGUUUUCUUGACAUUCCAGAUAUUGAUCCAACACUAGCAUAUGUACAAUAUAUGAAAUUCGCACGGAGAGCUGAAGGGAUGAAAUCUGCACGAACUGUGUUCAAGCGUUCCAGAGAAGAUCCUCGGUCAAAAUUCCAUGUGUUUGUUGCGGCCGCAUUGAUGGAAUAUUAUUGCAGCAAAGAUAAGAACAUUGCCUUUAGGAUAUUUGAAUUGGGACUGAAACGGUUUCCUGGCAAUACUGACUACAUUCAGUAUUAUAUAGAUUAUCUUUCUCAUUUAAAUGAAGAAUCUAGCACUCGGGCUUUGUUUGAACAAAUAUUGUCUUCUAACAGUAUUGAGAAAGAAAAAUCAGUUUUAAUAUGGAAUAGAUUUCUCGAAUUUGAGACAAAUAACGGUGAUAUGGAAAGUAUAACCAGAGUAGAAGACAGAAGAAGAGUUUUCUUGGGACAAAUAAAUGAAUUUGAAGGUAAGCAAACUGCAAUGCUUGUGGAUAGAUACAAGUUUCUUAAUUUAUAUCCAUGCACAAGAGCUGAACUGAAAGCGAUGGGCUAUGAGAAAAUUGCAAUAGCUGCUCAUAAACAAUAUCAUCGUUCUACAACUAGCACUUUGUUGGAACUAGAUGAACACGCUCUUAGUAUGCCACGGCCGGAUUUUUCCCAAAUGAUUCCGUUCAAGCCUCAAUCAAAUGCCCUACCUGGUUGUUGUCCUGCUGGUGAUGAAGGGUUUCAAAUUCCUCCUGCUGUAGCUCAUCUCUGUGAAGCUUUACCUCCUCCUGAACAUUAUUGGGGUCCUUACGUUGAUGUUGAUGCAAUGAUAGAAACCUUUAAAAAGAUUCAACUACCAGAAACUUUGCUCUUACCUGACAUUGAUAAUGGAUGUACCACAAAACUUUUUGAUACUGCAAAAUCUGCUCUCUGGAUUUUGGAGAAAAAUGGUGGAAGAAUGGUAUCUAAGCCGCAAAUUAGAACAGCCUCGAAAGAUCAACAACCACGUGAAGAAACACUAUUUGUAGAUAGUGAAGAUGAGGAUCAGAAUUUUGUGCCUCCUGCAACAGAUAUAUACCGUGUUCGGCAGAAAAGGAAGAUGAAAUAA